AUGGCAGCAGCUUCGACAGAUUCAGGGCAAGAGUCCACUAAGAUAACUCCCGAAGUGUUGCAGGAGAUGCUCCAGUACUACAACCUGAGCCGCCAGGAGUUCAUCAACACCUACAACAUCCAGCCGCUCGUCUACAUCCCAGAGUUACCGUACAGUGCCAAGACCACCUUCGUGAUCAUGUACAUGCUCAUCUUCGUGCUGGCUCUGGCUGGGAAUACUUUGGUCAUCUAUAUAGUUCUGAAGAAGCGAGCGAUACAGACUGCGACUGAUAUCUUUAUCUGCUCUCUGGCUGUCAGCGACCUGCUCAUCACUUUCUUCUGUGUGCCUUUCACUCUGCUGCAGAACAUCUCGUCUGAGUGGUUCGGAGGGGUUCUGGUUUGCAAGACCGUUCCCUUUGUACAGACUACAGCCAUAGUGACGGGCAUCCUCACAAUGACCUGCAUUGCCAUUGAGAGAUACCAGGGUAUUGUCUUCCCACUGAAAAUGAGGAGGCAGUACUCUUCCAAGAGAGCAUACAAGAUGCUGGGGUUGGUAUGGAUGGCCUCAGUGAUAGUGGGUUCACCCAUGCUGUUUGUGCAACAGCUCGAGGUGAAGUACGACUUCUUGUAUGAUCACUACCACGUGUGCUGUCAGGAGAGUUGGCACUCUGUGACUCACAGGCAGGUGUACACCACCUUCAUCAUGGUGGCUCUUUUCCUGCUCCCUCUGGCAGCAAUGCUUUUCCUCUACACACGUAUUGGCAUCGAGUUGUGGAUCCGCAAGAGGGUGGGCGACUCCUCGGUCCUCAACACCAUGAACCACAGGGAGAUCAGCAAGAUCUCAAAGAAAAAGAAAAGAGCCGUUAAAAUGAUGGUCACCAUUGUUCUGCUAUUCACCAUUUGCUGGGCACCAUUCCACACAGUCCACAUGCUGUUUGAGUACUAUGACCUCGAGAACAAAUAUGACGGAGUCACGCUAAACAUGAUCAUCGCCAUCGUUCAGGCCAUCGGGUUCUUCAACAGCUUCAACAAUCCCAUCGUGUACGCCUUCAUGAACGAGAACUUCAAGAAGAGCUGCGUCUCCACCCUCUCCCACUGCAUACAGAAGCCUAACCAGCAAGGCGGCGCCGUGGUGGCGCCCAAACUGAGCGUGCAGUUCAUCAAACCCCAAAGCAGAGAAGCCUUUAUGGAUACAGAUGAAGCCGAUACCUCAAAGCAGCACUUGGCAGAUAAAGGCCCUUCAAGUUCAUCGCAUGGUGAGAGCUUGUUGGAAGUAAUAGGGGAAAAAAUCUCCACCAUCCAAACGGAGCUCCCUGCAAACAGCUCCUCUCAAGUCAAAUGAGAACCGGCUCAAAGUUCAGUUGUUAAGCCGUCGAACCAGUUUGCUGUCAAUCAAACAGCUGCAGGUGCGUCAGAUGUGAUUUCGAGUCUCAGAGUUGUGGUUCAAAGAGCCAAAAAGUCUCUCUGCAGUGCCAGACGCCAGAGCGUUGUCUUCAUUCUGGUUUGGAGAGCAGCAGAAAGAAAUUGAAGGAAUACCAAAAGAGGCAGUUUUGCUAAAAAGAAGACGGGCGUUGGAGCGAUCAGGACCAGCGGUCAGACACCGAAGCACCAGUUUAUUACCUGAAUGGAGACUUCAUUUCUGCUGAGAUGUCUCUGAAAUCUGCAGGACGCUCUCUCAGUGAGCGUUUGAUGACGUGUCGGAGGGAACCACGUUCAGUGCCAUUCCAAAUAUGCACAAACUGUUACCACUGUGGUGUUAAGCUACACUUAGAACUGUUUGAAAAAGACAACAGAGAGGACACUGACUUUACGAUGAUGCCUUGGCUUUAUUGCACUGCUAAAUCGCUUCAAGUCGGCAUGAAACUCGGUUCAGUUCAAGUUCAAUUGCAAAAGGUUAUUUUUCUAAGGUUGCUGUUUAGCCUCUUAGACAUUUUUUGUAUUGCUAAAAAAAAACUAUUUUGACCUUUUUACUGCUAAACUGAGCAGUUGGAUCUUUAGAGGGCCAUGCAAACAAAGCCCUUGUACAGUUUUCUCUAAAAGGUAUUCACCAUACAGGACUUAGACUUUUUUUUUUUUUAAGAUCAAACCUGAUGACAUAGAAAACAUGUCAUUUUAGAGUUAAUUGGAAAAAUAAAUCUGAUCUGUUCCAACAUGCAUCAAACGAAUGCAGCGUUUUGAUGUUCGAUAUGUAAUCACAAGAUAAAUCACAGCAUCUUUCUUCUAUCACUUUAGUAAAAAUAAACAGCCAUUUCACACAAAUUAACUGAAAGCAUAAAUUAGAUGCGCUGAAGGGAAUUGUGUCAUUAAACACACAAACACAGAAGGGACUUGUUUUAAUGUGUGUGUUUAAUGGUGCUGUUUGAAUAUUUUUGUAUUGCUGAUAUCUACAUGCAACUGUUAUCAUUUUGGUGUAUCUUUAAACUUAGUGACACGUUCUGUAAUGAUAUGUUUGGUAACAACAGCUUGGCUUUUAUUCACAGUUCUGUGCAUAUUGUUGAUUUUAAAGAUGUUGCUUCAAAAUUGAAAUCAUCAUUCAUUUGAACUUAAGUUUUCUUUCUUUUUCUUUCUUUAUGUAUGCAGAUCACUUGAUCAGAAUGCCAGUAGACUCUGUUCUCAGCUUGUGCCACAAAAGUAUUUCCUAAAGAUUGUGCUCUUUCUCAUAUGCAAGAACUGGAUUUUGUAGAAAAUGAGUUCAUAAUCCUGUUGGUAUAUUAA